UAAUAUGUAUAUAUGCGUGUGUCGCAGAGGGAAGUACCUACGAGGAGAGCAUCUGCAAUGAAGGCAGCGUCUGUGGCAGUGACGCCACCUUCUACAAACAAACUGAAGAGCACAGCAUGGCAGAGACGCUCACUGUGGCCUUCCGGGUGGCGGAGGAGGCCAUAGACGAGGCCAUUUCCAACGCAGAGUUUGAUGCUGCCAGUCAGGAGAAUCAAAAUGAAGCCCAUUACCUGCGUGAGCACAGAGGAGAGCUCAUUGAGGAGCUGGCAAAAACAAUCAUCCAAAAAAUCAUCACUAGGAGGAAGACCUUGGCUGAGAUGAGGGACGAGUAUGAGCAGGAGGGAUCGCCGGAGCACAACGCCCACCACCCUGGCGACCAGGCCGGCGAAACCUUUAAACACCUCAAAGGCCUCUGGCGGUCGCGAUCCGCCUUCUCGCUGAUGGACGACAACCGAGACGCUCGUCAGACAUCGCCUGAGGAAGGAGGAUCGAGCGUGUCUCCGUGGACUAAUGUUGAGCGUCUGGAAAACUCUGGAGGUGUGUCCUCUGUGCUCAAGAGUCCAGAUGGGAACUGGAUCGCCCUGCAGAGCGCUCAGCUGUCUCGGCCAAGCCUGCUGGCCAAGAGGAAGAGUCAAGUCUACAGUGCCUUGGAGAGAGAGUCCGGAGCGGUUUCCGCUUAUGAGGGCAUGGAUUCUGACAACGAAGCCAAACCAGAGCUAGACUCCUCCUGGGGCGCUAUCCUGCAGGAGUUCCACAGGAAGCUGACAGGCUCCAAAGUCCGUCGAGAUGCAGCGAAUAGAAACGACGCUUGGUCUGACUCCGAGGGGAAGCUUAAAAAAUCUCCGGUGGCGAUUGUUAGGAGGCAGAUGCUGCCCACGGAGGGCAGACUGCCAUCGUCACACCGGACCGGCAUCAUCGACAUCACCUUCAACCGGAAGGCCGCUCCGGACGAUAGUGGGGCCGGAAGUGAGGCGGCGUCCGGGAAAGCUAAGCGAUCACGAAGGAAGAGAAGAAGUAAAAGAAGAGCAACACUUUCUGGACCUCUUUCCAUGGAUUAUAACAAGAAAGAUGUCCAUUCCUGUUCUCCCAGCGAUGUCGACACUCCUGACACUUUGACACCCGACGCGGUGACUCCUGAUCUGCUCCACCAAAACGUCGACAUCAGUCAAGUGGAGCAAGAGCUUCCAUUGGAUGCACCACAACCCUUAGAACACAUCUCCAACUCUUCAGUCAGGGAGGAAGGCCUUUGCCACACAAAAGGCAGCGGUGACGCACAAGCGAGAAGCCAAGAUGAUGAAAAGGACGAGGACUUGAACGAGGCUGACACAGAGGAGAACAGGAAUGGGCAUGACGAGACCGGCAACGAAAGGAUAAAAAACUUGAAGGCAGAGGUGGACUUGGCAAGAGGCGGAGUAGAGGAUGAGAAAGUGGAGGAGGAGGAAGAGGAGGAAAUGAAAUCGAGGUUGUACAAGCUGGUGGCAAAGUCCAAGCUGGCCUACUUCUCGUCCACCGACGAUGAACUAGACCGAGCAGGAAAGAGUGAGGAGGACCAAGGAUGCGUCGGUAAGGAUCACGAGGAAGAAACUGAAGGCCUCACACAUCAACUCAGCCAGCUGGAGAAGGAAGUCCGAUCCGCAAUGUUCUCCUCCACAGAGGAGGAGCUCGACCGGAUCACGGAUGAGGAGGCUGGAAAGGAAGGGGAAGAAGAAGAAGAGGAGGAUGAAGAGGCGCUGGAGGUGAGAUUGUGCCGGUUGGCCAAUCAAGCGGGCGCCACUCAGUUUUCCUCUACCGAAGAUGAGCUGGACCGCGAGGAGGCUGUGCAUGAGGAGACACUGUGGAGGCUGCAGGAGCACAAGGCGGCACAGGCCACUCAGGUGCGCCAUCUGGCCAGUCUGGUCAGUGCCUCGCAGUUCUCCUCCACUGAGGAUGAGCUCGAUCGAGUCGGUGAGGAUGAACAAAAGAUGAUGCGAGGUGAGGAACCCUGGGGAGAAACGGGGGGAAGUCGUUGGGAAUCCAUGGGGGAGGAACCACUCCAGGAUCCAAUGAGUGACAACUUUUCAGGUGCGGCGGUGGAAGCAUUAGAUGGUGACGGGAUGGAAUCAGAAAAGGCGGAAGAGAGAACAAGGAGACCAGAACUGGAUCAGUUGGAAGUGAAGCUGGUAGAUCAAAAAGCAGAACGGGAAGAGGAAGACAUCAGAAACGAGAGCGUUGGGAAGGGGGAGAGCGAGGAGGAAGAUGUCGACUUCAACAAAAUCAUUAGCAGCAUGUUGACAUUGACACUGGAGGAUAUCCGCGAACAUGCUCAGGCUGAAGAGAAGAAAAAGGAUGGAAAGACGGACAAAGAUCCAAAGACUGAUGAGGAGAGGAAAGAUGAUACGAUGACAAACGGUGAAAGGACACGAGACACAACCAUGGACAAGAGGCAGAAUGAGGAUACAAAACCAGAUGAUGAAUGCAAAGAGGAUGAAAAGACAGACCAGAACAAGAAUCAGGACGAAAAGACAGACGAGGAAAGGAGUAAGGAUGCAAAGAUUGAUGAGGAGAGGAAAGAUGAUGAGAUGACAAAUGAGGAAAGAAACAAGGACACAAAGAAAGACGAGAACAGGGAUGAUGAUGAUGAUGAUGAUAUAAAGUCACCGAAGGAUACAGACAAUGAGAAACGUGUGGACUCAAAGACAGACAAGGACAAGAAUGAGGAUUUAAAGACAGACGAGGAUUUAGUUGACGAGAAGAAAGAGGACUCAAAGGCUCAUGAGAACAGGAACAGGGACGCAAAUCCAGACGAGACGAAAGAGGAUGAGAACAGGAACAAGGACAGGAUCAAGGCAGCUGAGGCUCUGGCAGAAGACACUAAGACGGACAAUGAAAGUAACACGGCUGUAAAUAGAGACAAGGAGACAUGUCAUAAGAUGGAACAGGACAUGGAAGCCGAGACAGAUGAGAGGGACCGGAACGAGGAUGCUAACAAGAGUAACGACAACUCAAAAACAGAAAAGGGGCGGAAAGAGGACUUUAAGAUGGAAAAGACAGAUAUGGAGAGGAAAGACAAUAUGAAGAUUGAUGACGCGACAAAAGAGGACACCAAAGCAGAUGACAACACAAGCAAGGAACAGCAAACGGACAAAGACUGGAGCGAGGAUGCAAAGACAUGGAUGGACUGGAGUAAGGAUGCAGAGACAGACAAGGAAGGAAAUGAGGAAGCCAAGACAGACCAGGGCUGGAGUAAGGAUCCCAAGACAACCCGCGAUUGGAACAAGGAUCCAAAGACAGGCGCGGAUUUGAGCAAGGAUGCAAACACAGACAGGGACAAGGAUGCAAAGAUAGACGCAGACUGGAACCUGGAAGGCGAUGCACGGAAGGACUGGGACAAGGAUGCACAGACCGACACGGACAAGGAAGAGGAAAGCAAGAUAGACAAUGACGGGAAAAAGGACGCAAAGACAGAUGAGGACCACAGCGAGGGUGCACUGACAAGCAAGUACAGGAACAAGGAUGCAAAGACAGACCAAAUCUGGAACGAGGAAAGCAAGAUGGACAAGGAGAGGCAAAAACACCCGAAGGGCCGCAGAGAUAAUACUCGGAAUGUCAAAAAGAGUGAAGAUGUUGCAAAGACAGAAAAGAACGAGGAUGUGCAGACAGACAAAGAGGGCAAAGAUUGUGCGAACACAGACCAGAGAAAUGAACACUCCAAACCAGGUCAGAACAGGAACAAGGUCAAAGUCGAGAAGGAUUGGAACGAGGCUGAGACACAGGAGAACAGGACUGGGGAUGACAAGACCGGCAAAGAGAGGAAAAAAAACUGGAGGACAGAAAAUGGCAAGUACAAAGCCACCAACAGUAAAACAGAAAAGGAUAAGGAUGCAAAGACGGACGAAAUAGAUGUAAAAGAAGCCCAGGAAGAACAAAUAAGUCGACUCGAAGAUGCAGAGAAACAAACUGUGGAAGAACUCUCAGAAACGCACAAAGGCGCUGCUCUUCCACUCAGUAAUCCAGCUGGUAGACAGCAGGAACGACAAGUGGCGGCGGCGAAAGAUGAGGACCCGAGAAGAAAAAUGGCCGCAGUGGAGGAGGAUUUCCCGUUGCCGGACGACAUCAGAAAUGCUAGUGACGCUGAAGUGUACCAUGCGGUACACUUCAUAUCGACCCUGCUGGAACAGGUGAGACGGACCGAGGGCAAGCUUCUUUAUGGCAAUUUGCACAAUGCUAGCAGUAGCGUUUGAUAACGGUAAUUCCUG